AGUCUUCAGACAACUAUACUUAUACCAUACCUUCACUUUUUAGAUCUCGCUCUUUUGCACAGAUAUCAAUAUUGGAACAUCAAUAAUAUCGAGAAGUUCGCUCGACAACAGUGAUACGAUCUUUGUGUUACCAUAAAGAAAUUUGGGUAGACCGCCACACUUGCAUCAUACUAUUAUAGUUUUAUCGCGAGGUUCAGGUUCAGGUGCAAUCGAAAUAUCAAGCCAUUCUGAAAGGAAAUCAGAGGAACUGAGGUGGAUUUUCUCUCACUGUUUAUUAGCCAUUUUCGGGGAAUAUCUACCUACGACUGGUAUUUAUAUACCAAAGUAAAAAUGGUUCCGCCGACUCAAAAUUUAAAUUUGGAUAUUACUGCCAUUUCUGGUAUAUGUGGAUCGAUAUCAAUUGCGUGCUGGAUAGUAGUUUUUAGUCCUCAGAUUAUUGAGAAUUGGAAAAGAGGUUCCGUGAGUAUUCCAUGUGACUUUUUGUUGGGGUUUGUUUGCAAGUCGAGUAGCAAGAUUGGUUGGUUGAGCAAUGCACUAAUAUCUCGAAUAGGCUGAUGGAUUAUCCUUACAAUUUAUCAUUAUUUGGCUUGCUGGUGAUGUUUUCAAUAUCUGGGGCGCUAUGUUGCAAGGUGUUCUUCCUACCAUGGUAAAUAUCUUCCAUGAAUGUCACGAUUCCCGCACUAACACCUCCAGAUUAUCCUCGCCGUUUACUACACCAUAGCAGAUAUAGUCCUCUUAGGCCAAUGUUUCUACUACAAAGGCUUCACCUGGCGGGACGAAGUCAAGCCACCCCCAACUCCACCAAAAAAACCCACCUACGCAGAAGUCGCAGCUAUUUCACCCAGUGAAACCACAGGUCUCCUGAGCGGUCUUGAAAGACGCCGCAGCAGCACCUCCGUCUCCGCUCAACAUCUCUCCCCUGUCGUUCCACUCCUCGACCCCCCUAAACCAAGCGAUCUCCCCACCACCAAAAACGACAAACCAACCACCCCAAUGCAAACCUUCCUCUUCAACUUCUUCAGCAUCCUCCUCGUCUGCAUAGCCGGCAUCCUAGGCUGGUGGAUCUCCACCCGCACCACCCCCUCCUCAUCCACCUCCCACAAACCCCACAACAACAACAAACACCCAUCCACCCCGACCUUCUCCCCCCUCGGACAAACCUUCGGCUACCUCUGCGCAAUCCUCUACCUCUCCUCCCGCAUUCCCCAACUCCUCCUCAACCACCGCCGUAAAUCCACCCAAGGAAUCUCUAUGCUCUUCUUUCUCUUCGCCUGCAUCGGCAAUCUCACCUACGUCCUCUCUAUCUUCGCCUACGAAGCUCCCUGUCUCACAGCUUCCAAGCACGGCCACUCGAAAUGCGAGAUUGGUCAAGCCCGCUCAGAGUAUCUGCGCUAUAUUGCUGUGAAUGCGAGUUGGCUGGUUGGGAGUGCGGGGACGUUGAUGUUGGAUGCGGGGGUUUUUGUGCAGUUCUUUUUGUAUGGGGAUGGUGAGGGAAGUGGGAGUGGGAAGAUUAUAGAGGAAGAGUUAGCUGUGGAGGGGGAGGGGAAUGGUGUUGUGGUUGUGGUUGGGGCUUGAGAGUUUGAGUGAUCCAACUUAUUUCCAAACAUUUGGAGAGAGAGAUGCACAGGAACGAAAAGCGAAGGUGGAAUGUAUUAACUAAAGGCGAGGCGAAGUGAGGUGUAACUAUAGUACCUCAGGUACCUACCCAGUAGAUACGAGUGUGAAUAUCUAUCUGUAUAUUACUUUUAUGUACAAUACAUACAUACAUACAUACGUACGUGCAUACGUACAUACACGUUUAUAUGUAGAAUGAAGGGAUGGAAUAGGAUGGAAUAGGAUGGGAUAGGAUUAUGAUAUUGAUAUUUCUCCUUCGGGGUUUUUGGGGCAUAAAAAAGAGUGCAUGGUUUAGCAUUUUGAAUAUCUAAGAUUGUAUUUGUUCUAGGAUUAUUAUAUUC